GCGUGUGGAAUAGAAAGGGGGUGUGUUACACAUCCUGUCGGAGUUUAAAUUUCCAGAGACCUGCGCACUAGCUCGAGAUUCCCUCUGUGUGCGCCAUGUUGGAAUGAUCUGGAUUCAACAGUUCAACGGCUCGCUGGAAACGCUCCUGAGAAACAGUUUUGAUUUAUUCAGUCCUUCCCGGGAUUUUUUAACUUUUCGCACAUUUACGUGAGUCUUUUAACCCUCGAGGACGCCUGUCUGCCCUCAGGCGUGCGUGUGAGAUUUGUGAGGUAAAGUUGGAUGGAUCCUCGGGUGCCUUGGAUUCAACCCGAACAGAAAGGACCUGCCAAUGCUUUAUGGAUGCGCGUGUGGGAAGCCUCGCAAAGGCGAAACCACUGCCACCCGCUGCGGGUGAACAUACCUGCGCCGGCGGCCGGAUUUAUGAAGCCGUUAACGCUCAUUCCCACCAACACGCUUGGAAAACCGAUAAGCAGUUGCCCCAGUCAGCAUUAUAACAGCGGUGAACCCGUGAGGUCCCCAAACGCAUGUACUGGUCCUCCAGCACCGUGCGUCACACCCGCCGGACUCGAUGGUUACGACUCUCUAUCGCCUUUAUCUUCAGGGGAAUCGGAGACUGACAGCCCGAAAUCAGACUCGUCGUCUGGCAGCAUGAAUGCCAUUCCAGCUAAACUUCAUUUUAACUUCAUUGAAAACAUGCACAAUGUCAAUAACUCUUUACAACAUCAGCAUUUUCAGCGGCUACAGACUACGCGUAACGUUAUAGUAACGGAUAACCAGUCUAAAUGCCAUCCGGGGCGAAAGAGAACUGAAAAUAAAGCGAGCACAUACGGAAUGAACUAUUACCUUUCCAAUGUUAAUGCCAAUUGUUUAUUUGCGACACCCUGGACAAGAAGACGAUACAACCUAGGCAUUAAUGGCCUCCAUGAGGAGAUUGUGGACUUUUAUCAUUUCAUGUCCCCACGUCCAGAAGAGGAGGCAAUGAGGAGAGAUGUUGUCAAUCGUGUUGAGGCUGUAAUCAAAGAUUUGUGGCCUACAGCAAAGGUUCAGAUAUUUGGCAGCUUCAGUACUGGGCUUUACCUUCCUACCAGCGAUAUUGACUUGGUGGUGUUUGGCAAGUGGGAACAUCCACCUUUACAGCAGCUGGAACAGGCCCUCAGGCAGAAGAACGUGGCCGAGCCCUUCUCCAUUAAACUACUUGACAAAGCUACGGUGCCAAUAAUUAAACUAACUGACAAACUGACCGAUGUGAAGGUAGACAUCAGCUUUAAUGUUGAAACUGGAGUCAAAGCAGCUCGCUUUAUUAAGGAUCAUCUUAAGAAAUACUCGGUCCUGCCUUACCUGAUCUUCGUCCUAAAGCAGUUCCUGCUCCAGAGAGACCUGAACGAGGUGUUUACAGGAGGUAUAAGCUCCUACAGCCUCAUUUUAAUGGCCAUCAGCUUCCUGCAGCUUCAUCCCAGAAUAGACUGCAAAGCUACCAAUAUUAAUUUGGGCAUCCUGCUCAUCGAGUUCUUCGAGUUGUAUGGGCGGCAUUUUAAUUACGGGAAAACGGGCAUCCGCGUGAAGGAUGGCGGAGCGUACCUGCCUAAAGAAGAAAUCAUGAAGGCAAUGGAGAAUGGAUGCAGACCAUCAAUGCUGUGUAUUGAGGAUCCAAACUUACCUGGAAAUGAUGUUGGUAGGGGCUCAUAUGGUGCCAUGCAGGUGAAGGAGGUGUUUAACUACGCAUACCUCGUCUUAAGUCACGCUGUAUCACCGCUGUCCCGCUCUUACCCUAACAGAAACAUGGAGAGCACAUUGGGCCGCAUCAUUAAAGUGUCCCAGGAAGUGAUAAACUUCAGGGAGUGGAUCAUCCAGCAAUGGGGAAACAGACACAAUAUCAGGAUGGGCAUUAUUAAAGUCCAGAGCAUUGAAGGAGAUUCGGAGGAGCAGACGUCAAGUGAGGAGCAGCACCGAGACUCCUCAUCACCAGACAGUGCAGGCUCACCCGUCUCUCCGUCGAGCCUUCAACAGCACUCCUCAUCCUCCUCAUCUUCCUCUGUGUCCUCGCUCUCCGGCAGUGACAUUGAUUCUGACACGCCAUACCAAGCUUCAGUUCUUCAUGAGAUCUUCCCUCUGUCCUGCGUGAUCGACACUAAUCACAAACCGCACAGGAGAGUGAACUCAUCUGGAACAUUCCUGCCCUGUAAAAGUCAGUCACACCCAUUACCAGGCAAACAGGAUAUGGACGGGUCGGCUCAUGAUAUUGGAUUUGCAAACUGCCAAAGGUUUGGAACGAAAGGACCUCCACACUUGAAUGUUUUUGAUCGUAACCUGGGGCCCGGGGGCAAAAGAGGACAUCACCAUCAGUACGGACGUAACAGCUGGCGUCAUCGGAGAAGGGACACUGCUCCCAUGAGCCUCAGCUGAUAGUGUCGCCCAUUUAUCGCUACUUAAAGAAAACUUGUGGCCCAUGUUCUUUGGGUGCCACAGGUCAAAGGUUAGCACUUCUGAUUACAGUGGGUCCUAUAUGAUGCCUCCGUUCUUUGGUACUAUUUUUGUGUUUUGUCGAUUACUCCACCUGUGACUACAGGUUUGAAUGUACCUGCUUUUAUUUGAGACCUUUAUCUUUGGAUUUCUAUACAAUGAUGUCCAAUACCUUUUUAUUUUUUGCUUUUUUUCACAUCUUGAUUUGCUGUUGCUUAUCAGAGCAUUUUUGAUAACUGAAAUCUGAUUUGCAGCGGCUUUUGACUGCUCAAUUUGUACUGUAUAUCUUUGUGCAAUAUUGUUGUUUUUAUUAUUUGAUUUUAGUUCAAUUUUAAGUUAAUUUUCUUAAGUUGAUAUUAAACUAUGAAUCCCUUUCUAUGUGCCAAGUCUUUUAUCAUGUUCAAAUCCAUAUCGCAACCAGUUUUAUAGUUGGGAUUGUGGUUUUGCGCAUGUUAAAAUCUUCUGUUUACUACUUGCCCAUCUGUUGGCCUUUACAAACCUGCCUUUUUAACAGCAGAUGGGUUUUAGUGCUCGAUCAUUUACUCCCUACCAAAAUCCUCUCCCUUUUCAGAUCUGUCAGGUCUGCCAUAUGUUUAAGUGUAAUGAGUAUUUUAUUUAAACGGUAAAAGCAUUCAGAGGAUGAAGUCGAUGUGCGCUCUCUUCAGUUAACCCAAUCAGUAUUCAUUGCAUCUGUUUACAUAAGGAAUACAGAGUUUGCACAAUAUCCCGAUCCAUCUGUUUUCCCUACCGUCAAAUGUAUUCGUCAAACGUCUUGGACUGGAUUUAAUGUUGCGCCACCAGAUGGAGAUAUUGGUCCACUUUUGUUGUUUCUAAGCAUUGAAGCUCACCAUGCCAUACAAAACAUUUCACACAGCACAUAUUUGAGUUCCAUAACACUUAAAGAUCACUUCAUAUAUUCUUGCAUGAAAACUUGAAUAAUUGUGUCCCCAAGGCCUCUCCGUUUCAAUCAGACAGCAUCUUCCUUGAGCUGACCCUGUUUUAAUGGGACUGCAGGGAAUGCUGGGGGUUUGGUCAACAGCGAGGUUCAUCACUUUUAUGUGUCCUGAGAGGGAAAAAGUUACGUGCCAUUGCAGUUUUAACUUUGUGAAACACUAAAGGAUCUACAUGAGUCUUCUCGCCUGCAUGCAGGUGCUAUUUGAAUGUAAUGUAUAAUGUCUUAAAUUUAAGACUUUUUUUCAAUAUACAUUUUAUGUAUGUUUUGUAUUCAAAGUAUUUUUUAAAAUAAACAUCUAAAACGCUUCAGAGUU